AUGACCACCGCGACCACCACGGCCACUACGGCCACCGCUGUGACAGGCACAACUCCAGCUUCAAACUUGGCUACUGCAGGCAGUACACCAGGAGCUCGAGUCUCGGCGGCUGGGGCGUACAACCCGGGCGACGGGCCGUGGGAGGCCGCGACGCCACAGGCUCCACUGCCGUAUCUCACCGGCUUGGCCACGGUUCCGCCGGUCACCUCGCUCAACUUGACGCUGGAGAGCAAGAACCCGGCGGUACACCCGCUACCGGCCCUCAUGGCUCCUGUCCAUGGCAUCGCCGAGUGGAUCGAGUACUCGCCGGCACGCCGGCGAUGGGCCAUGGUCGUCGUCGUCGCGCUGGUCAUGACUGUUCAGGCUAUUGCCAUUGCGCCGCUGGCUGCCUCGCGAAGCCUUGCUCACCAGCUCGGAACUACUGACGUUGGCCUGGGCAUCGUCCUCGGCUGCUACUUUGCCGGCGCAGCGUUCUCGGCCCCGGCAUGGUGGUGGCUCGCUCACAACGUCUCCCGUAAGGCCGCCAUGCUCGGCGGGCUCGGCCUCCUGGCGAUCGCGUCGUGGGCCGGCCUCGCUGCCACCUCGCUAACUGGCUACUCGCUGGUUCGAGCUGCACAGGGCCUCGCGUCUGGCGGGCUCGCCAUCAUCGACCUUGCCGUCGUCGACGACAUGUUUCCACCGGACGCCUGCCCACGCAAGCACGGCCUUGCCGACAGCGGGAGCCUAGUUGGCCGGUGUGUGGGCCUUGUCGCCGGUGCGGCGCUGGUCUCGCUCCCCCCGGACCAUCGGUACCUGUUUGCGGUGGAGGGCGGAGUGGCGGUGUUGGCGCUCCUGGCCACGGCCGCGCUUGUGCCGGCAACCCGGUCCAAGGCUGUCCACGCGUCGGAGCCGUCACCGUGGUGGCGGCCGUGGGCCGAGCUCACCGCCGAUGGGCCGCGGAUGCUGGUCUGGUCCCUGGCCUUUGCGCUCCCACUUGCCGUCUUUGACACACUCGCCUUUCGCGCCGGCUACAGUCUCACGGUCGACCACGGGUACACGCCGUUGGCCGCGUCAGGCGUGCUUGCCGCGGGCGGCGCGGCGGUUGUUCUCGGACUUGCCCUCUCGCAUCUCGCGACUGCAGCGCUCAUUGCCGCACCGUCAGCCGGUGGGCGCCUCCGGCCGGCGCUUCGGCUCGCUCUGCCACUGGUUGUCAGCUUGAUUGUUCUCCUUCCGCUCUUUGCGGUGCUGUUUGGUCUAGGACGGAGCGCGGCUCCAGUUUGGCUCGCGCUCGCGCUCGCCGCGUUUGGCCUUGUUGUAGGCGGCCUCCGGGUUCCGUCGCUCUCCCUCCAGCUCGUCGGUCUCGACGCAGACGCUGUGUAUGCCUUGGCGUCGAGCGGGACGUCGAUUGUCAACGCACUCACUGCUGUUCUCCUCGCCACGGCACCGUCGGUGGAGGCUGCGCUCGACGGGCCGAACGGUGGACUCCUGCUAGAGCCGGCGGUGCCGUAUGCGGUUGCACUCGGCGUGUGCGGCAUCGGCGCACUGGUCGCGGUCUUCGUCCCAGGCCUCCCCGCGCGGCUGGCCGCGCUCGACGGUCUCGACGACCUGGUCACCAACUCGAGCUCCGACUCGGGCUCACUGGCUCUGUUUGAUGAAUCGGGCUCUGCUUGCGAGUUGCCUGGCCUCGUCGAUGCCAGCAGGGGUGCCGCUGACGCCUCCUUCGACUCGUCCGCUCUCGACAGCGACGACGAGCAGAGCGGCGAGUCAAGCCAGCCACCAACCCCGCCGCCGGCCACCAUCCGCAUUCGCAAGAAGCGUAAGAAACGGCGGCGGCGGACAGAGGCCGAGCGCGAGGCCAUCCUUGCCGCGCGGCGUCAGCGCAAGAUGGAGCGGGCUGCGUCCAAGAUCCGGCACUACCACCACUACCACCGUCGCAAGCACAAGUCCCGCGAGGAGCGCUCGAUCGAGGCUGCCGAGCGCCGCGCCCGCGCCCGCGCUAUCGAACUCCACAAUAAGCGCGAGGCCAAGCGCCGGCGCCUGCUCCGCGAAGGCUCGCGGCGAGCUGCCGCGGAGCUCGGCAAGCCGCGCACACUGCGCCCGCGCAUCUCCGGCUCAGCCGUCUCGGAGAGCGGCAAGCGCAAGGCACGCCGCCGCCGCCGCAGGCACCGCAAGCACGUUCCGCGGGCCAAGGUUGCCGCCGCCAAAGCCGCCGAAGCCGCCCUCGCCGAAGCAACGGCGGCGUCUCAGACGGCGGCGGCCACUGCCGCCCUCGCCCGGACCAACACCGAUCCGGCCGCGGUCUCGCCGCGAACGAGGCUGCGGGCCUACCUACAGCAGUCUCGGCGGGGCUCGGUCUCGGUCGGCAUGCAGCAGCCAUCCGCAAGCUCGCGCUCGCUCCACGACGACCUGUUUGACCUCUCUGAUCCCGGCAGUGGCAGCAUCUCUGCGCCGUGGCAGAAGAAGGCGCUGCGGGCACACCUCCGUGCCCAGGCUGUGGCCCGGGUCUCCAUUCCCGACUCGCUCGCCCUCGGCCCGCGGUUCACCUUUUCAGCUUCGGACGCCGCCGCGCCGGACACCGCCGGCUCUGGCCGAAGCGCUUAG